GGGCUGGGCCGAGCUGCGGACGCCAGGCCCCCCGAUCCCCGCCAGGCUGCGGACGCCAGGCGCCCCCGAUCCCCGCCAGGCUGCAGGCGCCGGGCCCGGGCCGUCAGGGCAGCUGUGACCCUUGCGCUCAGCGGGUGGCGAGCUGGGGGCGCGCCCGGAUCCCCGCCCCCGGGAUCAUGGGGAAUGGCAUGACCAAGGUACUUCCUGGACUCUACCUCGGAAACUUCAUUGAUGCCAAAGACACGGAUCAGCUAGGCCGGAAUAAGAUCACACACAUCAUCUCCAUCCACGAGUCACCCCAGCCUUUGCUGCAGGACAUAACCUACCUUCGCAUCUCAGUGGCCGACGCCCCUGAGGUACCCAUCAAAAAGCACUUCAAAGAAUGUAUCAACUUCAUCCACUGUUGCCGCCUCAAUGGGGGAAACUGCCUUGUGCACUGCUUUGCAGGCAUCUCCCGAAGCACCACCAUCGUGACGGCAUAUGUGAUGACUGUGACAGGACUGAGCUGGCGGGACGUGCUUGAAGCCAUCAAGGCCACGCGACCCAUCGCCAACCCCAACCCAGGCUUUAGGCAGCAGCUUGAAGAGUUUGGCUGGGGCAGUUCCCGGAAGCUUCGCCGGCAGCUGGAGGAGCGCUUCGGGGAGAGCCCUUUCCGCGACGAGGAGGAGGUGCGCGCGCUGCUGCCGCUGUGCGCGCGCUGCCGGCAGGGCUCUGCGAGCGCGGCCUCUUCCCCCGCGCCCAGCUCCUCGGCCUCGGAGGGGACCCUGCAGCGCCUGGUGCCGCGGUCGCCCCGGGAAGCCCACCGGCCGCUGCCGCUGCUGGCGCGCGUCAAGCAGACUUUCUCUUGCCUCCCGCGGUGUCUGUCCCGCAAAGGCAGCAAGUGAGGAUCCUGCCCCGCCGUGGCGCCCCUCGGCCUCUCGACCGGUCCCCUUCGGGGAUUGUCUGCGCCUCCCACGGCCUUCAGGACGGGCCCAGAGCCUGUGGGAGCCCCGCGGCGGCCUAAUCCCCGCCCCUGCCCCUCUUCGCGCCUUGCUUGUCUGCGUCCGCGGUCACUGUGUCCUCCAUCUGUGUGUGUGGCUCUGUGUCUGGGCCGGCCUGCUGCAGCUACCUGGUGCCUUAGUCCUUGGGCUGGGGGAGGGUGCCCCCGGCCCCCCCCAUUA